AUGUGUGCCCUUUUUCAACAACACUAUACAAUUAAGAUCGACUUUGCCAGGGAGUGGAAAUCCGUGGAAAACAAGCCUCAUUGUAUCCAGCUCCCCGCGAAUAUUGUCCUGGAUCGGGGUGCCGCCAACAAGAGCAGCUCUGCGUGGGCUGAGUUUUCUCUAUAUUCACAGCGGAACAAAAGUGAGGAGCAGAGCUUUGUUGAGAUUUGUCAGGGGAGCAUAAAAGCCAUCUUCAAAAGGGCAGAAUCCAACGGAGGAGAAGAAGGGCAGCAGCAUGAUCACGACGUCAAAGACUUGAUAUCGUCCGGAUAUCGUCAGUAUACUCGGGAAAUUGACCACGAGCGACUGUAUGAAAGGCUCACGGAAUGUGGAUAUGAAUACGGCCCGAUAUUUCAAGGCAUUCAACAUGCCUGCUUGGAUGGGGGUGGACAUGCUGUUGGGCGUGUUACCAUCUGCAGAGGUUCCACCGUGCUUUGGCAACAAGAUUCCACUCGCCAUCCAUCCAUGCGACCUUGA